AUCUUUUCCAACAAGUGAGGAAACCAACAUAAUACUACAACUACUACUACUUUUCUUCUCAGUUCUCUCCUUCUUAGUUCUUACUUAACUUUCUCCAACCAACUUUCUUCUUAAUUAAAACCCAUUACAAAAUUAAUAAUAAUUAAGCUUAAUUACUUAGCUUUUUAAUUUAGUUGUGUUAGGGUUUAUUAAUUAGCUGUUUCGUUGUAUCUUAAUUAAUGGCUUCCCUCGACGAGAUUCGACAAGCUCAGCGAGCCGAUGGGCCGGCCGCUAUCUUGGCUAUUGGUACCGCCACUCCGCCUAAUUGUGUUUAUCAGGCUGAUUAUCCGGACUACUAUUUCCGUGUUACUAAGAGUGAACACAUGACUGAUUUAAAGGAGAAGUUUAAGCGCAUGUGUGACAAAUCAAUGAUCAAGAAACGUUACAUGUACUUGACGGAAGAAAUACUCAAGGAGAAGCCAAAUUUGUGCGAAUAUAUGGGUUCAUCACUAGACACUAGACAAGACAUGGUAGUCGGUGAAGUUCCUAGGCUUGGCAAAGAAGCCGCGAUGAAGGCUAUUAAGGAGUGGGGGCAGCCAAAGUCUAAGAUCACUCAUGUUAUCAUGUGUACCACAUCAGGCAUUGACAUGCCCGGUGCUGACUACCAACUCACCAAGCUCCUUGGCCUACGUCCUUGUGUACGCCGUUUCAUGCUUUACCAACAAGGUUGUUUUGCUGGUGGGACGGUCCUACGUCUUGCCAAGGACCUUGCCGAGAACAAUCGUGGUGCUCGUGUCCUAGUUGUUUGUUCCGAAAUCACAGCUAUUUGCUUCCGUGGGCCGACUGAAACACAUUUGGACUCAAUGGUGGGCCAGGCCCUUUUUGGUGAUGGAGCCGGGGCAUUAAUUGUCGGUGCAGAUCCAGAUGAAUCCAUUGAGCGGCCCUUAUUUAAGAUGGUAUGGACAGCCCAAACUUUACUUCCGGACUCUGAAGGUGCAAUUGAUGGACACGUUCGUGAAGUGGGCCUAACUUUUCAUUUGUUGAAAGAUGUCCCUGGCCUAAUUUCAAAAAAUAUUAACAAGGCUCUUGAGGAUGCCUUUACUCCACUUGGUAUUAGUGAUUGGAACUCUGUCUUUUGGAUUGCUCAUCCAGGUGGGCCCGCAAUUCUUGAUCAAGUGGAGGCCAAACUCGGUCUUGAGGAAGAGAAACUUACGGCCACCCGUAAUGUAUUACGUGACUUUGGUAAUAUGUCUAGUGCUUGUGUUCUUUUUAUCCUAGACGAGAUGAGGAACAAGUCAUCAAAGGAAGGGAAAUCAACAACUGGAGAAGGGCUGGAUUGGGGUGUUUUGUUCGGCUUUGGACCUGGUCUCACAGUCGAGACUGUUGUCCUCCAUAGUGUGCCGUUAAGCUACUAAACUUAUGCUUCUAAUGUUUUCCUAUAAAACCAACUUUUAUGUGUUUUUAUUUUAUAAUUGCAUGUUGUAUGAGAUUGUAGUACGUUACCUGUAGUGGUCCAUUGUAAUGAAAAUGCGUUGAUAAUAAUUACUACCAUAAGCGUGUCA